AGCAACCACACAACACGUUUUCAUGUGCAAAGAAGCAGUGACAAAGCAAAAUACACAAAGUGAAAAAAAAUAAAAACAAAAUACGUACAAAAAUAAUUUACAAUGUGUAGUGUAAAUGAUAGAAUUGAAAAAUUAAAAAGGGAAACUAAAGAUUUGCGAAAAGAAGUUAAAGAUUUGAAAGAGACUUUGCUGCAACAAAAUGAGUUGAUAAUAAGUUUAUUAUCGAAACAAACGGGUAUACUGGAUGAAACCAUAGAAGCGGACCGUACAUUACCGCACGUAUUCUAUGGCAAGAAAAUAUCCGAGUACUCGAGACGUUUUCCUUUGGAAAAUUUUGAAGAUUUGCAAAAGUUUGAAGGGGAGAUAAAUGAGGAAAAUGAAAAUCAUGUCAUCAAUAUUAUCCAAGCCUUGCUAUCGCCCAAAGGACUUUCGAAAAGUAUCUCAAAUGUGUUGUCGGAAAAUUUAAUCAUGGCUGUCAAUGUGGAUGGCUAUCACAAUAAGAAAAGAUUAUUGAAUUUUCCUAAAACUAUUGAUAUUCUAUUUAUGUCCAGCCGUAAAGAUAAUGAGGACUAUACAUCGCAAAUGUUUCUAAAUGAUUUAAGACGUGCACUGCGUAUGGUUAAAAAUCGUAUACAUAAAAACAAUUGUCAGGCUAGACAAAAAUUGAGACUGCAACAGGAACAGGCAGAGUUGCAGCAAACGGUUGAAGAAUAUAUAAUAAAAACGGAAGAAGAUGAUUUUGAAUAGUUUAAUAUGAAUUGCAUUCAUAAUUUUUUGUGUAAAUAUUAUUUGUACAAAUAGCUUGUAAAUACAAUUUAAGG